CCGUCCUUCUCAUCAAAGUUGGAAACUUUUCCCAAACCUGAUUGGCCGUGCUUUUCAAAGGUCAAUGGCGUCACUGCUCCACAUCCCACAUGGAGGGGCAUUCUUGUAAUACUGUCGCCCGGGCUAGGGCUAAUUGACGCCAUUAACAACCAAUUAAGGAUCCAAAAACCCAUCGGGUAUACGUAUAUCUCUCCUCGACGCGUCAUCAAUGUUCCAAUCAUCAAUUUAGCAUUUACCAAAUUUAUAUCUUCGUAAAGAAAAUAGAAAAAAGGGGGGAAAAACAAGGAAGCAUUGAAUUCACCGAAUCUUCUUCCGAAUUCAACCAAUUGAUGAUUCCACGCCUUCAUUUGGUGUAAAUUUUGCAGAGGUUAGUUAUAAAGUUGAUGAUAUUCUUAUAAAUUUUUCUUCGAGAUGGGUUUUCGAGGAUUGUUGGAUUCAACGGAGUUGGAGCGAGAAUCGUAUCCGCAGUAUGGGGAUUUCGUUGCUCUGCCUUUCUUCGCGCUGUUUUUUCCCACGGUUAGAUUUUUGCUCGACAGAUUCGUCUUCCAGAAACUUGGAAGGAGAUUAAUUUUUGGGAAGGGAGUGCAAGUCGGCGCAAAUGAGACAGACGAGCAAAAGAAGAAGUUGCGAAAGUUUAAAGAGUCGGCGUGGAAAUGUAUAUAUUACCUUUCUGCUGAGAUCUUGGCGCUUGCCGUGACAUAUGAUGAACCAUGGUUCACAAAGACUAAAUACUUCUGGACAGGGCCGGGCAACCAGGUCUGGCCCGAUCAAACUUACAAGCUGAAAUUGAAGGGCCUGUACAUGUACGCGGCUGGAUUCUACGCAUACUCCAUAUUCGCCCUGAUAUUUUGGGAAACGAGGCGUGCCGACUUUGGAGUGUCGAUGGGUCAUCAUGUCGCAACGUUCAUUCUUAUUGUGUUAUCUUAUGUAUUCAGAUUCGCACGCGCCGGCUCUGUUGUUUUAGCACUUCAUGACGCCAGCGACGUGUUUCUUGAGGUCGGGAAGAUGUCCAAAUACAGCGGCGCGGAGACGGUCGCGAGCGUCUCGUUUGUUCUUUUCGUGCUCUCCUGGGUCGUGCUUCGUCUCGUAUAUUAUCCAUUCUGGAUUUUAUACAGCACAAGCUACGAAGUAAUCCAGACAUUGGACAAGGAGAAACACAAAGUCGAUGGACCUAUCUAUUACUACAUUUUCAAUUUCCUUCUCUUCUCGUUGCUCGUACUCCAUAUUUACUGGUGGAUGUUGAUGUACCGAAUGCUCGUCAAGCAAAUCCAGUCGAGGGGCCGUGUCAGCGAAGACGUGAGAUCUGAUUCUGAAGAUGACGAAGAGCACGAGGACUGAUCGAAAAACCUUAAACCGCGCCAUUUUGGCGACAGAAAAAUGCAGGUAAGUUAUAUUAUUGAUUGGUUCGCCAUUAAAAGGAAAUAAGAAGCUUUUAAUUGUCGAGGAUCUUUGUUGUACUUAGUACCGAUUGUUGUCUUCUUUUUCCUCCCAUUUGUUUGGCGGAUUCGAAAAUUUUGUUGAUUCAUAGUUAUUAGUUGAAGAUUUGGUUCCAAGAAAGUUGUGUAAUGUGUGAAUAGCUUCGAAGAAGCUGAUGAAGGACACAUCCCAAAAUGACUACAAGGAUGAUGAUGAUUCAUUACAACAUUUUGUGAUAAUUCCUUAUGUCAA